CUUGUCAUUCUGAAUAUAUUUCCAAGUGGAUUAUGAAAGAUUAUGAUGAACUUCUCAAAUACUAUGAAUUAUAUGAAACUAUUGGGACAGGUGGCUUUGCAAAGGUCAAGCUUGCCUGUCAUAUCCUCACAGGAGAAAUGGUGGCUAUAAAAAUCAUGGAUAAAAAUGCACUAGGGAGUGAUUUGCCCCGAGUCAAAACUGAGAUCGAUGCCCUGAAGAAUCUGAAACAUCAGCAUAUAUGUCAGCUCUACCAUGUGCUGGAGACGAAAGAGAAAAUAUUCAUGGUUCUUGAGUACUGUCCAGGAGGAGAGCUGUUUGACUACAUAAUCUCCCAGGAUCGCCUGUCGGAAGAGGAGACCCGAGUCGUCUUCCGUCAGAUACUGUCUGCAGUUGCAUAUGUCCACAGCCAGGGCUAUGCCCACAGGGACCUCAAACCAGAAAAUUUAUUAUUUGAUGAAUAUCAUAAACUAAAGCUGAUUGACUUUGGUCUCUGUGCAAAACCUAAGGGCAACAAGGACGACCAUCUACAGACAUGCUGUGGGAGUCUUGCUUACGCAGCCCCCGAGCUCAUACAAGGCAGAUCCUAUCUUGGAUCAGAGGCAGAUGUUUGGAGCAUGGGCGUCCUCCUGUAUGUGCUUAUGUGUGGAUUUCUCCCAUUUGAUGAUGAUAAUGUCAUGGUUUUGUACAGGAAGAUCAUGAAAGGGAAAUAUGAAGUUCCUAAGUGGCUCUCUCCCAGUAGCAUUCUGCUUCUCCAACAGAUGCUUCAGGUGGACCCAAAGAAACGGAUUUCUAUGAAAAAUCUCUUGAACCAUCCCUGGAUCAUGCAAGAUUACAACUGUCCUGUUGAGUGGCAAAGCAAGACUCCCCUGACUCACCUUGACGAUGACUGCGUAACAGAGCUUUCUGUACAUCACCGCAACAACAGGCAAACAAUGGAGGAUUUAAUUUCGUUGUGGCAGUAUGAUCACCUCACAGCUACCUACCUUUUGCUUCUAGCCAAGAAGGCUAGAGGGAAGCCAGUUCGUCUUCAGCUUCCCUCCUUCUCCUGUGGAACCGCCAGCACCACUCCAAAGUCAAAGAAUCUGAGCCUGGAAGAUAUGACCACAAGUGAUGAUAACCAUGUGGCUGAAUUAAUAGACUAUAAAUUGUGUGAAGAUAAUUUAUUAGCUCACCAGACACCACAGGUGACCAAGCACUGGGCAGAAUCAAAUGGUGUGGCUUCUAAGUCACCAACUCCAGGAGUCUGCAGAGCACUGGCCAGCAAGUUAAAGGACAAAGAGAACGUGUGCACUCCCACGUCUGCUGCAAAGAGUGACGAGCACUUUGUGUUUCCUGAGCCCAGGACUCCAGUUGGUAAGAACCAGUAUAAGAGAGAAGUCCUCGCCUCACCAAACCGCUGCGUGACACCUGCAAAAGCUAGAAACCAGUGCCUGAAAGAAGCCCAAGUUAGAACGCCAGUGAAUUCUGCAGGAGCAGACGCAUUAAUGACAAGUGUCAUUAGCCCUGAAAGGAGGUGCCGUUCAAUGGAAGUAGAUCUCAACCAGGCACACAUGGAGGAUACCCCUAAAAGGAAAGGAGCCAAUGUGUUUGGGAGUCUUGAGAGAGGACUGGAUAAGGUCCUUACUGUGCUCACCAGGAGCAAGAAGAAGGGCUCUGCCAAAGACAGGCCAAGACGGCGGAAGCUACACUAUAAUGUGACUGCAACUAGACUGGUGAAUCCUGACCAGCUCCUGAGUGAAAUAAUGGCUGUUCUUCCGAAGAAGAACGUGGACUUCAUACAGAAAGGUUACACACUAAAGUGUCAAACACAGUCUGAUUUUGGCAAAGUGACAAUGCAGUUUGAACUAGAAGUGUGCCAGCUGCAGAGGCCUGAUGUGGUGGGUAUCCGGAGACAGCGGCUCAAGGGUGAUGCCUGGGUUUACAAGAGAUUAGUGGAAGAUAUCCUGUCUAGCUGCAAGAUGUAA